CGGCGGCCACACUGCCAUGCCGGCAGAAAAAUUGACAAUUAAAAGAAAAGCUUGAUAUUCCUGAAGGACAUGGAGAUGGAACUGGACGUGGUGGACUCCCUGCAGGCGUUGGCCUACGAAGGACCCUGUCUGCAGCAGGAGAACCUCAGUCGCGCCCUGGACGCGGGAGUCGGUAGUGCGGAACUGCGGGCUGUGAUCCAUUGGCUGGCCCACGAAUUGCACGUUCUCCGGAAGACCGAUGAGCGUGUGAGCUCCGCCGGAAAGGAUAACGAUGAGUUUGCCUUCGAGUUGUCCUUGCUGCUCACUGAAUUGGGCUGCCCAUAUCGCCAGUUGGUACAAGGAGCCAUGGAACAGCGUUUCCAGGACCGGAAUUCGUUGGUCCAACUGCUGGAGUACCUCACAUCCGAACUUAUGACCACCAAGAUGGUUCUGAAGUGCCAGCCAGUGGGACCACCAUGCAAACGCUCCAAAACGGACUCCAAUGUCCAGCAAAUUGUGGAAAAACUAUGCAAGGAUCUUCAACUGGGCGAGCUGCCCAAGAACAUCAAUUCGAAACUUCUUUUCGAGAAGGUAACACCCCGUUUGGAGCAAUCCCUGAAGCAGACCCAUCGCCAGGUGGUCAGCGAACCCCUGCUAAAAAUGAAGAAGCCCCUGACUGAUGGCCAGUGGCGCGUCCUGGAGUCCCUGCAUCGCGAUCUGGAGACGGAGUACAAUCUGCGCCGCCAGAUGAUGACCACCCGACUGGAAGCCACCGUCCAAAGCUUCCAGUGGUCCGAGUCUAUGCGCCAACGCUCCAAUGACAUAAUGGACCGCUUUAAUCGCCAGAUGAAGGAACUGGAGCAGCUCAAAGUGGGUGGAGAGCAGACAGACAUGGUGGCCCUUCUGGCCGCUCGCUCGGAUUUGGCUAUUAUUGAGAAGACCAGCUCGGCGAAUGUCAGGAAGAACACGGCCUCGAAGAUACAGAAGCAUGUGAUUGGACGGGUGCCAGAUCGUGGUGGAAGGGCCAACGAGCAUGCUCCACCGCCUCCGGAGAUGCCCUCGUGGCAGCAGCAGAGGGCUGGUGGUCCUCAAGGAGGCGGACGAGGUGGCGGAGGUAAUUUCAGGGGCGGAAGAGGAGGAGGAGGUGGAGGAGGAAGAGGAGGUGGAGGAGGAGCGGGAGGCAGCGGAGGAGGCGGCGACGGACGUGGUGGCAACUGGCAGCAGCCUCAACAGCAGCAGUAUCAGAACCAGAACCAGAACCAAAACCAACGCGAUCGCAGCCGUGAGAGAAAUGACCAGCAAUGGAUCAGCGGAAGUGGACGUGUGCAAGGAACAGGAUGGAAUCCGCAGGGCGGACGUGGUGGUGGCGGAGGCGGUGGUCGUGGCGGAGGAGGUGGUCGUGGCGGACAACGUGGCGGCUAUCGAUGAUCUCUUUACGAUAUCUAAUUGAUUUAAAGACACCACAACGGAGACCUAAAACGACUGAUCCUCUUUUAAUCCAUUAACAUUAACUUAUCUUAACUGCACGAAUAACCCAGUUUUAUUUAUUGCAAAACCGAUUGAAUGUGUUUAUAAUUGCAAAUGGACAGCCAUUUAAAAAAAUAAACUAUAUAUGUCAUCUAUAUGCCAGCAAA